CCAAAAAGCUCCUUCUUUCUAAAAACCGCGACCUCUCCAACGAAAUUUAUAAUUUAAGAAUCAAAUAAUUUUUGUUCUUUCAAUUUCAAGGCUCUUAGGGUUCUGAUUCUCUUGGAGUGUUUAGGCGAUUGGUUUUGAAUGCGCCUUUUUUCUUCGUAAUAAUUUUUUUGGAGUUUUAGCGACUUUGGUUCCUGUGGAAGUGAUGGCUACGACGGGAGAAGAUGAGGUGGAGUACUAUAGUGAUCCAGAGGAGGUGAAGUGUUCGCUGACCAUGCAGAGGAGAAAGGCUGCCAGUGAUGAUGAGGAAGGCGAAGGGGAAGUGGAUAAUAAUAAUGCAGUGAGGAUGAAUCCGAGGGCCGUGAUUCAUUCCGAUGAAUCCGACAGUCAGGGCGGUGCUGCAGAUUACGAUGACGAAGAAGAAGAAUUGUACUCAGAAGAAGAGGAGGAAGAAGAAAAUUAUGAUGGAGUGGAGGAAGAGGAUGUUGAUGAGGAGGAGAUAGAAGAAGUAAUGAGAAGAAGGGAAGUGCAAGGGAAUGCUGAGAGAACUGGAGGAGCAGCAGUGAUGGAUAAUGGGAAUAGGAAUGUGGAUGAGGGAGUGGAGAUUAGUAAUGGUAAUAAUCAUGUGGGAGAGGAAGAUGAAGACGAAAAGAAGGAGAAUGAGCCAUUUGUUGUGCCAACUGCUGGGGCGUUUUAUAUGCACGAUGAUAGAUUUCGAGACAAUGUUGGCGGUCGUCAUAGGCAAAUGCGUGGUGGAAGAAAAUUGUGGGAAUCCAAGGAUGAUAGGAAAUGGGGACAUGACAAGUUUGAGGAGAUGACUUUGCAAGGAAAGCGUUAUAAAGAGGGAAGAAGAUCUUCUAGAGGUAGAUAUCGUGCUCGUAGUAAGAAUGCGGUUCAAGAUCAUGGUUAUUCUACAGGAAGUAGGUCCAAAGCAUUCGGGAAAAACUACAAUCAGAACCAGGCUCCGAAGGCUGUGAGAGGAAGAGGACCUAAGAGAUACGAACCUACUAUGAAAAAUGGCUGUCAGGCAUCUCCAGUGCUGAACAAACCUUCUUGGAAGCCUAUUGAGAAAACUUCACAAGCCAAUUCAAGUAGAGCUUCCACAACUGCAACAAAUGCAGACACUGUAUCAAUUCCUUCUAAGAAACAUAUUUUUGCAUCAAGUUUGAGUUCUGCGUCCCCACCCUUUUAUCCAUCAGGGUCUUCCAAGAAAGACAUUUCUUUGACUCAGAGGAAGGAUGCUCAAGCUGGAAGUGUCAGCAGGGAUCUUCGCCCCUCUGUUACAGAUGAGAAAUUUUCUCUAUUUCAAUCCAAUUCAUUACGUGGGAAAAAUGUACUUGAUCCUCUCGGCAUGGCAAAGCUUUACAUAGAUGAUUCCACCACAUCGGCUUCUGUGAAGCCUCUGGCCAACAUGCAAAUGCUGCCUACUGGAUCUUCAUUGGGUAAUACUAGUCAACCCUCUCAAUCCAGGGUACAGGGUAGAGUCAUAGCUAACCCAGGACCCAAGGCUUAUCAGCCAGCUCCACAUCAUAACCAAGUCAACAGAGUUUCUCCACCAGUGCAGGUCAAUGCUGUUCAGAGAAUUCCUGCUCAAGGCAGGGCUCACUCUUCUGUACAAGCAGCUACUCAGCAGUUAGGCCAGCAUCCUAGUAUUGGGUCUCAAGCUGCCUCUCCACCAAAGACAGCUAUGUCAGUCAGUUCCUAUGAAUCUGGAGAGGUUGAAUCUUCAGAAACAAGUAAACCUGAGGGUGCAUUGGUGAACAAGGGAAAAAGCAAUCUUCAAGGAGCUGGAAGGGGCUCUUAUCUGUAUGGUGGAGCUCAGAUUAUUGGAGCUACAGGGAAUAUGUCUAUCAGCCAUGGUGAUCAAAACUUUCCUGCCUUUUUGCCUGUAAUGCAAUUUGGGGGCCAGCACUCUGGUGGCCUUAGUGUUCCUGCUGUUGGCAUGGCAUUUCCAGGAUAUGUUGCCCAGCCACAACUUGGAACAAGAAAUUCAGAAAUGACAUGGCUACCUGUACUCACUGGUGCUGCUGGGGCAUUAGGGCCAACAUAUUGUCCACCUUAUAUUGCAGUCGAUGGGGCUUAUAAUGCUCGUCCAUCAGGGCAGACAUCUUCAACGGGAUCCUCAAGCAAAGAAAACAUUUCUAAAAAACCAAAUAAUGAAUGGAAGCCUUCUCAAAGACCAGAGCUUGUGAGUGAUGAACUUGGCCAACGACAAAAUAACCCUAAUAAGCAGCCUCGCAGAUAUUCAGAGAUGAGCUUUAGCAAGUGAUUUUCUUAUUUAAAGAUGGAGCCUGCCCCAGUAAACUGACCUUAUUCUAGUCCCUUUCUGACGUCCAGCUUUUGACUUGCACAACUUUGGGCUGCAAUUUAUUCCUGGAUAUUGUAGAGUUGUGUAUGACAAAUGCCUCAUCACGCUACAUUCAGUUUUAAGAAUAUUAUUGUGGCUUGACGGGUGGCAUUCCUUUAUUUAAAUGUGCGGUUUUAUUCUUGUGGCUUGAUUUUGCAAUGAAGCAUAAGAGAAAUUUCAGCAGGCUUCUCCAUAAAAAGUAUGAAGAAAUGAUUGUGCAGUGCAGCAGCAGCAGCAGCAGCAGCAGCAGCUGUUUGGAUUGAUGGUUAUGGCGGUUCUUAUUUCUCUUUGGUGAGCCUACGUAUGUGGUUUUAGUUUUUGAGAGUAGAUUAUGAAUGUUUGAGAUUUUUCAUAUUUUUAUUUGAAGGUUGGCUGAGUAUGAAUGUGUAUUUUGGUUUAUAUAAACUCAAACCACAUCUUAAUAUGGAUUUCAGCAUUACAGUA